AUGACUGUUGAUUCCAAGGCAUCAUUGAGUGAUGAGCCAAAAGAUGUUGAAUGGCCAAAAAAGCAAAGAAUUAUCAAUUGUGUUACGCAAUUACCGUAUUCCAUCCAGUUGGGAGAAAAAAAUGACGAUUGGAAGGUGAGUCCAGCUACCGGCAAUAGUGCGCUGUAUUCUUCUUUAGAUUAUUUGAAUACAUAUAAGAAGUGUGAACAAUAUGAGCAACAUAUUGUUGGAUGGACCGGUGAAAUCAAGAGAGAAAAUGAAACCCCCUUCAAGCUUUCUAAUACAGUAACAGGUCAUACUGGCACCGAAAUGAAAAAUAAAACGGAUGAUAUAGAUGACGAUCCGUUAUAUUUGACCAAAAGCCAAAUGGAAAAAUUAACAGCAAAGUUAAAGGAGAAGAAUUUUAGUGAUGACGACCAAAUCAAUCAAAAAAAUGUACAUGUUCAUCCCGUUUGGCUGCUACGUCGUGACCAGAAAAGAUGGAGAAAUUAUGCCGAAAAUGUUUUAUGGCCAACGUUCCAUUACAUAUUAAAAUUUUCAACUGAGGGUGGUGAUAAAGAGAAUCGUUGGUGGUAUGAUUACGUCAAAUUCAACGAAGCCUACGCAAUGAAAAUUAGUGAGAUUUACCAACCGGGUGAUAUAAUCUGGGUUCAUGAUUACUAUUUAUUGCUAUUACCUCAAUUAUUAAGAAUGAGGUUCAAUGAUGAACAUUUAGUUAUUGCGUACUUUCAUCAUUCCCCAUGGCCAAGUAAUGAAUACUUCCGUGUUUUGCCACGUAGAAAAGAGAUCCUAGAUGGGUUGGUUGGUGCAAAUAGAAUUUGUUUCCAAAAUGAAGGGUUUGCUCGUCAUUUCGUUUCAUCAUGUAAAAGAUUGUUGGAGGCAACUGCAAAAAAAUCAAGAAAUUCGUUAGGUAUCGAUUCUUAUCAAAUCGGUGCUUAUGGUGGUGAUGUUAUUGUCGAUUCCUUACCAGUUGGUGUCAAUACGGAAGCAUUGGUCAGAGAUGCCUUUACUAGAAACAUUGAUGAAAAAGUUCUAGCUAUUAAGGAUGCCUAUGAGGGCAAGAAAAUUAUUGUUGGCAGAGAUCGUUUAGAUGCCGUCCGUGGUGUUGUUCAAAAACUAAGAGCCUUUGAAACGUUUUUGGCCAUGUAUCCAGAAUGGAGAGAUCAAGUUGUUUUAAUUCAAGUGAGCAGUCCUACUGCAAACAGAUCUUCUCAACAGUCCAUAAGACUGGAACAGCAGGUUAAUGAACUGGUUAAUUCUAUAAAUUCCCAGUACGGCUCAUUAGAUUUUUCUCCAGUUCAACAUUACUAUAUGCGAAUUCCUAAAGAUGUUUAUUUGUCUUUAUUGAGAGUGGCGGAUUUAUGUAUUAUCACAAGUGUUAGAGAUGGAAUGAAUACGACCGCUUUGGAAUAUGUCACGAUAAAGUCUCAUAACUCAAACUACGAUUGCUACGGAAAUCCAUUGAUUUUAAGUGAGUUUUCUGGUAGUAGCACAGUUUUAAAAGAUGCAAUGAUUAUCAAUCCUUGGGAUUCUGUUGCUGUCGCUAAAUCAAUCAAAAAAGCAUUGCAAUUAACGUCAAAUGAAAAGAAAGUCUUAGAAGAUAUGCUAAGAGCAGAGGUCCCAACAAUUCAGGAUUGGACCGAUAAAUUUUUAUCAUCUCUCAAGAGGUUAACAGAUUAUACUUUACCGUCAUCCAAAAAAAUCACUCCAGCUUUGAAUAGACCUAUAUUACUGGAAAACUAUAAGCAGGCUAAAAGACGUCUUUUCCUGUUUGAUUAUGAUGGUACUUUGACACCAAUUGUUCAGGAUCCCGCGGCGGCAAUCCCAUCAGCUCGUUUGAUCGGCAUUCUUCAAAAAUUAGCAGCCGAUCCAAAGAACCAAAUUUGGAUUAUCUCUGGUCGUGAUCAAAAAUUUCUGAGUAAAUGGCUGGGAGGUAAAUUUCCGCAAAUAGGAUUGAGUGCUGAACACGGCUGUUUUGUGAAGGACGUGAAUUGUGAAAAUUGGGUUAAUUUGACAGAGAAAUAUGAUAUGUCAUGGCAAAAGAAAGUUGGCGAGAUCAUGGAGAGUUUUACCAAUCGGACACCGGGUUCUUUUAUAGAAAGGAAGAAAGUCGCCUUAACAUGGCACUAUAGGUGUACCGUGCCGGAGCUAGGAGAAUUUCAUGCUAAACAACUGAAAGAGGAAUUAUCCGCAUUUGCCUCAGGCUCUGAUCUUGAAGUUAUGGAAGGCAAGGCCAAUCUUGAAGUUCGUCCUAAAUUUGUGAACAAAGGUGAAAUUGUUAAGAGAUUAAUCUGGCAUAAGCACGGAACUCCUCAAGACAUGUUAGCAACUAAGAGAGAGGAACUAGAAAGGGAUCAAAUGCCUGAUUUCACGUUGUGUCUGGGUGAUGAUUUCACUGAUGAAGAUAUGUUUACUCAAAUGAAUGCAAUAGAAGAAGUUUGGAAUAAAAAAUAUCCCGACGAGAAAAAUCGUUGGGGUAACUUUGGAUUCUACCCCUGUACAGUCGGAUCCGCAUCUAAAAGUACAGUAGCCAAGGCUCAUCUGACAGAUCCUCAACAAGUUCUUGAUACAUUAGGCCUGCUGGUUGGUAAUGUUUCCUUAUUUCAAAGUGCAGGGACUGUAGAUUUGGAUUCAAGAGGGCAUGUCAUAAACAGUGAAAGCAGUUUAAAAUCUGAACAAGCAUCAGCGGACUAUGCUAUGAAGAGGCAAACUUCGAAUUCUGCUUUGAAAAGAGAAUCCUCGAGCUCCUCGAUGAAAAGAGAACUUUCGAACUCUUCUUUCAAAAGAGAGAUUUCGAAUACGUUUUUGCAACGAGAGUCAUCCUACGACUCAAAGUGA